GCUUUUCAUUUGAUUCAGUCGGAAAUCGGAAAAAGGAGCUGGAAAAAUUUUUAUUUCUUUUUUUGUGUAUCAACAAAAAAAAAGUGUGUGUGACUGAAUGUGGAUGCAGAAAUUAUGCAAAGUGAAAAUUAAAAUAAAAUUGUGAAAAUUAAAAUUUCAGUUUCCAAAAUUUUUAAAAUAUUGAAAAAAAAAGUGAAAAAGAAUUUUAAAUUAUCAAAAAUUAAAUCAAACUUGUCAAAAUUCUUCCGAUAAAUUUUCUCGCAUAUUCCGCUGCUAAGCUGGAUCAUCGAAUGUUAUCAGCCCUCGAUUCAACCGCCAUCAAAAGGCGAAAAUGUGAUAUUGAACCGAGAGACAGAGAUAGAGAUAGCAAAAGCGUUAUGGAGCCCAGGGAUUUAUCAUCGAGUGCUAGAUUGUUUCCAAACGCUCAAAUUAAAAUAAGCACUUCACCCACAACAUCACCGACGUCAAAUUCUUCAUCACCCACACCCGCAAAUUCUGGAUCAUCACCUGUGGGAAAUCAAGGAUUAUCGUCGACAGCUCCAGGCUGUCUUCAUACGAAACCAAUUACAGGAAUUCCAUGCGUUGCUGCUGCCAGUCGAUAUACAGCACCAGUUCAUAUUGAUGUGGGUGGCACAAUCUAUACGUCGUCAUUGGAAACAUUAACCAAAUAUCCAGACUCACGGCUUGCAAAACUUUUUAAUGGCAGCAUUCCAAUCGUCUUAGACUCAUUGAAGCAGCAUUAUUUUAUCGAUCGAGAUGGCAACAUGUUCCGACACAUAUUAAAUUUUAUGAGAAAUUCCCGGCUACUGAUAUCAGAGGACUUUAGUGAUCUCGAAUUGCUGUUAGAAGAAGCCAAAUAUUUUGAAAUUGCUCCAAUGGUCCGACAAAUUGAGCAAAUGAAACGAGAUCGAUUGAAAAAUGGAUUGAAGACAAUGGCAGCAACAUCAUCAUCAAGAUCACCAUCGCCAAGUCGAACGAAACCGACAUCAAAUAAUAAUAAAAUCACACAUAAUGAUACAUUUGAGGUUGUCGCACUGCAAAUUUCACCAGAUUUAGGCGAGCGCAUUCUCAUGUCAUCAGAACGAAAUGUAUUGGAUGAGAUAUUUCCCGAGACAAAUCAAGCGAUUCUUGAUGCACGAUCAGGUGUUGCAUGGAAUCAAUUUGAAGGUCGUCAAGUCAUUCGAUUCCCGUUAAAUGGUUAUUGUAAAUUGAAUUCCAUCCAAGUCAUUACUCGAUUACUUAAUAGUGGAUUUUGUCUUGAGGCAUCCACUGGCUACUCGAGUGGCGUUGAGAAUCAACAAUUUUCUGAAUAUCUUUUCGUUAGAAAAGUGAAUCGUAAUGAUAAUAAUAAUAAUAGUAAUAAUAAUUAGUCGUACUUAAUUGAAAUUGUAUAAGAAAAAGUCAUGAUAAAUUAAUUUCGUUGUCGAGGGGGG